GGGGCCGGGGCCAGAGCCGAGCCGGGGUCGGGUAGCAGUGGGACCCCCGGAGGCGGGUCCCGUGGGACUGUGAUGGGUAUGGAGAUCGAGACCAUCUCCCCGGGAGACGGAAGGACAUUCCCCAAGAAGGACCAGACAUGUGUGGUGCACUACACAGGAAUGCUCCAGAAUGGGAAGAAAUUCGAUUCAUCCAGAGACAGAAACAAACCUUUCAAGUUCAGAAUUGGUAAACAGGAAGUCAUCAAAAGUUUUGAAGAGGGAGCAGCCCAGAUGAGCUUGGGGCAGAGGGUGAAGCUGACCUGCACCCCUGAUGUGGCAUAUGGAGCCAUGGGCCACCCCGGUGUCAUCCCUCCCAAUGCCACCCUCAUCUUUGAUGUGGAGCUGCUCAAUUUAGAGUGAAGGCAGGAAGGAACUCCAGGUGGCUGGAGAUGGUUGCCGCUCCCCUCCUAGCCUGCUCUGCCACUUGGACAGCUCCUCCUGUCUGGGGCUCUUGACCAGUUAGCUCGCCUCACUGCCCCACAGCAUCAUCCAACCUCUCUGCCCACGUUGCUCUGUAUGUGUUCGUCACUGCUCACGUGCAUCCUUGCUUGAGGAAAACUUCGGUUGCAGAUCGAAACAUUUCAGGUCGUGCAUUUUGUGUGAUGCAUGUAGUAGCCAUCCCUGACCCCAGAAUGCGGAUUUCUCAUUUACACAAUCUACACCGCCUUACCUUCACUUAAGCCAGACACACAAGGUGCUCAGACAUGAAACGUACAUGGUGUACACAGAGGGACUUGAGCCAGUUACCUUUGCUGUCACUUUCUCUCUUAUAAAUCUGUUGGCUGCUCACUUCAACAAUAUUCCCUUUGGAAAUAAUUUGUGAAAUAAAGGCUCUGUGUUUGGCA